CUGUCCUCCGUCGGUGUUCCGGCGCAUCUCCCCAAACCAAGGCCGACGCCCCCAAUAAGCAAGCCACUCGUUGGAGUGUUGUCUCACUGAUCCCGUCACAUUAGGGCGACGAACAGUGACGAAGCCGUCGAUUUUACCCUCCUCAACCCCUCCCAGUUUCACACCGAGAAUUCCCUUCCGUCUCAAUCGUGCGCCUGUUCUCUCCAGCGCGUACUACAUAUCUCCACAAGAGCGCCUCUCCAAUCCGAGCCCGCGCGUAAGGCCAACACAAUGACCACCCUCGCAACGCCGGUUACUGGUAGGUCCAGCCGUGUCCGCGUUGCCAUCGUCGGCGGCGGGAUCACGGGCGUCAUGCUGGCGAUGGCGCUGCAGAAGCGCGGCGUCGACUUCGUGCUGUACGAGCGGGCCGCCGGCUUCGGCGAGAUCGGCGCGGGCAUCGGGUUCAGCCCGAACGCGGAGCGCGCGCUGGGCCUCGUGGACCCGGCCGCGCACGCCGCGUACUGGGCCGUCGCCGCCCCAGGCCCCGAGGCCGAGUACUUCCGCUGGGUUGACGGCCGCGGCUCCGACGCCGUCGUCGCGAGCCUGCUCAUCGGCGUCGCCCGCUUCCAGGGCGGCCGCCGCUGCGACUUCCUCGACGCCUGGGCCCGGCUCGUCGACCCCCGCCGCGUCGCCUUCCGCCGCGAGCUCGUGUCCUUGGAGCGCCAGGCCGGCGGCGGCGUCAGCCUGGGCUUUGCCGACGGCAGCCGGGAGGACGCGGAUAUAGUCAUCGGCUGCGACGGGAUCCGGUCGCGCGUCCGGCAGCUCAUCCUCGGCGAGGCGAAUCCGGCGUCGCACCCGCGCUACACGCACAAAUACUGCUUCCGGACGCUGGUGCCGAUGGACCGGGCGCGCGCCGCGCUCGGCGCCGAGCGCACGUCCACGCGCUUCAUGUACAACGGGCCGGACGCGCACUGCGUCACAUACCCGGUGGCUCGGGGGGCCUUCCUCAACGUGCUGCUGGUCAUCAGCGACGCGGAGCCGUGGGGCGGGCGCGAGAGUGGGGCCCAGGCGGCGACGAUGACCGCCGUCGGGCGCAAGGACGAGGCGGUGCGCGCGUUCGCCGCCUGGCACCCGCGCGUCCGGGCGCUCGUAGACCUGCUGCCCGACGACGAGCCGCUGCAGAAGUGGGCCCUCUUCGACAUGUACGAGAACCCGGCGCCGCGGUACCACGACGGCGAGGGCGAGGGCGAGGGCGAGGGCGCGUGGGCCGUGGCCGCGGUCGCCGGCGACGCGGCGCACGCGGCGGGCCCGCACCUCGGGGCCGGGGCGGGGAUGGGCGUCGAGGACGCGCUCGUGCUGGCGACGGUGCUCGCGGCGGUCGACGCGCGCCUCGCGGACCCCGCGGCGCACAAGGCGCGGCUGUGCGGCGCGGCGCUCGCGGCCUACGACGCGCUGCGCCGCGAGCGCACGCAGUGGCUCGUCGGCGCCACGCGCGAGGUCGGCGCGCUGUUCCAGUGGCAGGACCCCGGGGGCGCGGUGCGCGGCGGCGCGGGCGACGCCGACGCGUUCCUGCGCGAGGUCGGGGACAGAUUUCAUCGCAUCUGGGACUAUGACGUCGAGGCCAUGGUGGAGGAGGCGCGGGGGGAAUUUGAGAGGAGGGUCGCCGGGUAGGUGGGUGGCGGUGGAGGACGACGACGGGCGAGAGAUGGAGAAAGAUAAAGGGGGGUGGGGGAGGCGUGGAGAAUUAGGGGUAAGGGGUUAUAGAGAGCUAUACCUAGGUUUAAUAGUUCUCGAAAACGGGGUGUAGGGUUACGUAGAUAGGCUUACCAUCCCACCCACAUAUUGGAUACUUUCGCCCUAUGGAUCAUUAUAUGGUAGUAACAUAGGGGGGGGCUGGCGUGUUUGUUGAGAUACAUGAGGGUCAACGGGGGGUCAACGGGGGCUCGAGGGGAGCAGCUGAAACGGACGUAUAAUUGGAAAGUCGACGUGCUGUUCAUUAUUAUUAUUGUUUAAUAUCUGUUAUUUUGUGCUAUUUAGCUGAGGUCCUGCCCUGCUUCCACACCCCCCUUGUUCCUUUGCAC